AUGGCCUCAGUCGCGUACAUCUGGAGUCCAGAACUUCAGCGUGCCGCAGACGAGCUCCCAGCAAAUGUGGGCCGCUCGAGUCUCGUUCACGGUCUUGUCCGCGCCCUUGGGUUGCUCGAAAACAGCCUCGAAACAGCCGGGGAGGUAAAGGACGGUGUGGAUGGCGGAAGGGAAGCUUGCGGUAACGGAGAGGGCAACGGAGAAGGCAGCGGAGAAGGCAACGAGAACGGCAACGUAGACGGCGACGGCGAAGGCGAUGGCGACGGAAACGGACACAGUGGCGUAUGCCCCAGUUCGGCCGCAUCCAUGAGUCCGCGAAGCCAUGACGAAGAUACCGACGACGACGACCACGGGGAACCAGUGGAGCCACCAAUACACGGCGUCCGUCUCGUUCCUCCGGAUCCUUCGCUCGCCACACGCGCCGAACUAAGACGUUAUCAUGACCAGCGUUACCUCGACUAUGUGCUCCAGCCCUACGCCGCCUCCUCAUCCUCCUCAUCCUCCUCUUCCUCCGACUCUGAUGCUUCCUCCGACAAUGAGGACGGACCUCGUAAACGUCGCCGCGAAGCUAUGGGCCUAGAAGACGAUUGCCCACGCUUUCCCGCGCUGCGCGCCUACGUGCCUCUUGUCGCGGCCGCGACGCUCACCGCCUGCCGCCUCCUGGCCCGCGGAACGGCAAGGACAGCUAUAGUAUGGGACGGGGGCCGACACCACGCUCUACGCGCCAAAGCGAGUGGAUUCUGCUACGUCGCAGAUGCGGUGCUGGGUAUCCUGCUCCUCGCACGGGAGGGCAUGCCACGCUCACACCUCUCCGCCUCUGCCACUGCUAUUCCACAGCGCACACGCCGCGCGCGCAUCAUGUAUCUCGACAUGGACCUGCACUAUGGCGAUGGCGUUGCCACGGCCUUUACCUCCCCCACGCACUAUCCUUAUCCGCUGCUAGGGCGACCUCGCGCGCCACAAGUCCUGACUUUGUCCAUCCAUCAUCAAAGCCGCGUCUUCUUCCCUCCCGGGGCGCCAGGCCUAACAUCCUCCAACACGCCGCAUCCUUUCUCACUCUCUCUUCCGCUAGCGGCGUUUGCCCAUGCUCCCUCCUAUGCCCGUGCGUGGAAGUGCGUCGAGAUGAUCAAGGCCGCGUGGGACCCAGAUUAUGUGGUGUUGCAGCUUGGCGUGGACGGUCUGCCCGGUGACCGCAUCGGACAGUGGGGCGCUUGGAGUCCUCAUGGCGAGGGUGGAAGUACGUGGGUGGUCCAGAGGGUGAUUGGGUGGGGCGUGCCGAGCGCCGUGUUGGGCGGUGGGGGUUACGAGCACGCCAACGCGGCACGGGCGUGGGCACUCGCCACGGGGGUGAUAGUCGGCAAAGAGAUCAGCCCGAAAAUGGACGUGCCCGACCACGAGAACAUCGAGGCGUUCGCGCCCGGGUUUACCCUCGAGGUGCCGGAGAGCAACGUGCCGGAUGAGAACACAGAAGACGCGCUCGCCGCGGCAGAGAGUGCGUUCGAAGUGCUGGCCGAGCGCAUUCGCGAGAUCGUGGCGCUGUAG